UAAAAAUCGUACCGUUUGUAAAAAAAAUAUUAAAAUUAUUAUUUUCGCGGCGCGCCGUUAUUAUUUUUAUUGUCACCUCGUUGUACACAUGGAUAUAGUUACAGGGAUUUUCAUUAAAAUAGCUUAGGUAUUAUUUUACUGCCCGUUUUGUCGGCUAGAUAAUAUGGCCAAGCCCAGACGAUCGACGGGACCGGCCUUCAAAUAUCGCACUUGCGACGUUUGCCAAUCGACUUUAUACUUUACGGAUUUGGAGGGCCAUUUCUCUGAUCAUUGUCCGCCGGCCGCAGAAAACUGGCCACAUGCGUACGUACAACGUAACCGUCUGUAUUCAUUCGCCAAGCAGCACGCAAAAGACGAUGAAUUCUUGGUGGGCAACGACAGCGUAGUUGUACCAAUAGCCGCCAUACAGCUGUGCGGUUUCAUUCUAGGAGAGCCGGUGAUUGUCAGGUGCGGAGCCAAGACGUUUGUUAAAAAUAUAUGGUCUUCUGACGAACUGUCGUUGUCGAAAGUGUUUUUCUCUCAAGAAGUGUUAAUCAGUGAAUUCGAAAAACAAGAACACGUGUCUGUCGAGCGCUUUACAGUUCCACCGAGCGAGGCCCAACACAUUGAGAUUGUUUUGACUCAAGACGACCAGUUGCCAGACGGCGAGUUUAUAAAACAACUGUUGCUGUACGCAUCCAACAAGUACGAAGGAAGGACUAUCAAACGGUCGGAUUUUCUGUGUUUCGAUUUCUAUGGACGCAGUCUUUCUUUAAAAAUAUCCAAAGUUCAGACGUUUCCUAAUGGUGGUGGCAUUGAGAAACAAAUGGAAAAUAUAAAUUUGAAUGAUAGCUUCUAUCAUAUUUCAUCGUCUACAACUUGGAGUAUUAAAGGCGAUAACAUCAAAAGUAAAACUAUUUAUCCUAUAUCCGAUAUUGGUGGCAUAAAUAACUUGUACGAAAAAAUAAUGACAAUUAUCCAAAAGACUAAUUGUCAUCGAAAUCAUUGUGGCGUUCUCCUACACGGUAUAUCUGGAACUGGAAAGACGUUGUUGGCCAAUACAAUAGCGUGUUCGUUGGAUAGGCACAUAGUAGAGGUGAAAAGUUGGGAAAUUUUAAGUAAAGUAUAUGGCCAAUCUGAAGCGAGGUUAAAACAAUGUUUCGAAGAAGCGCUUAUGAAUUCUCCUAGUGUGAUUGUUAUUGACAAACUAGAGACGUUUAGUCAGUCGAGUAAUCCCACAGAUUUGGAGCGAAGAAUCAUCAACACGUUGCAAUCACUGUUUGAUUUACUUAAAAUGGCAAAACACGAAGGAGUUGCGGUAUUGGGCACUACCAGUACUUUAGAUUUGGUCGACAGCAAUCUGCGAAGACCAGGAAGAUUCGAUUACGAGAUCGAUGUACCAGUUCCUAAUGAAGUGCAACGUAAAGAUAUUUUAUCUCGACAGUUGGCUCAUGUCAAACACAAAGUCACCGAAUCGGAUGUUGUAGACAUUGCGUACAAAGCUCAAGGGUUCGUAGGAGCCGAUUUAUUAGCCGUAGUCAAUCGUUCAGUCACUGAAGCCGCAGUGAAUAAUGAAGAAUAUGUCACUUGUAAACAUCUCGGUGUAGCUGUUAAUCAAGUGAAACCGUCGGCCAUCAAAGAAGUCCUAGUUCAAGUGCCAAAUGUCAAAUGGACCGACAUUGGAGGGCAGGACGAUAUUAAACUCAAACUCAAACAAGUGGUCGAGUGGCCACUUAAAUAUCCGGAGGCUUUCAAGAGAAUGGGCAUCACGCCACCGCGGGGAGUACUGUUGUACGGGCCGCCCGGUUGUUCGAAAACGAUGAUUGCCAAGGCUGUAGCGACGGAAAGUCAUUUCAAUUUUAUAUCUGUCAAAGGACCGGAACUUUUUAAUAAAUACGUGGGCGAGUCUGAGCGUGCUGUUAGAGAGACGUUUUUGCGUGCCAGGAACGUGGCUCCCUGUGUAGUGUUCUUUGACGAACUAGAUGGCCUGGCCGGUGAGAGAGGUGCGGGCGAUAAUAGUUCCGGCGGAGUCCAUUCUAGAGUGUUAGCACAGCUGCUAACCGAGCUAGAUGGAGUUCAACCCUUGGGUAACGUUACCAUUUUAGCGGCGACCAACAGACCAGAUCUCAUCGAUUCUGCACUUUUAAGACCGGGUAGAUUGGAUCGAAAGGUGUAUGUCCCGUUGCCGAACGCCAUUACUCGGUGUGAAAUACUAAAAAUGAAACUUUCCAAGAUGCCCACGUCGCCUGAUGUAAAUAUCGACAAACUCGUCGAACUCACAGAAAAUUUUUCUGGCGCUGAAAUCAUUGCGGUGUGUCACGAAGCUUCACUGAAAGCUCUAGAAGAAAACAUAAAAGCCGAUAAAGUAGACAUGCAUCAUUUUAGUACAACUCUGCUGAAUACCCAUGCUCAAACGCCGAUGUGGUUGUUGAGUAUAUAUGAAAAAUUCUCAGGACACAAAUAACAUAACAAUUUUCGUUUAUUAAAAAAAAAAAAAUAUUUACAGAGGUUGUAAGCGUUGCGGAGUCUUGCCGCCAAUUAAUAUUGUAAAAAGUUCUAUACCUGUACCGUUCUGUAUGGGUUGAUUCACAGACAUGAUCGAUCAAUUGAAGUAAUACUUAACACGAUGCGUUAGUGUUAUCGUCGAGAAACGACUAAAGGUUUCUCUGCUUUUAAAAUCACAAUGAAGAAACAAUUACCAUGUGCCCAGUUGUGUUUGCGAUACUGUUUUUUUCCCCUGUACACACAAACGUAACUCUUGUUGUUGUUGUUGUUAUUUUCUUAUUACUACUAUCAUGGUGUUGGGCGAUGUAUGUUAUGUUUUCAAUUUUUGUUGUACCAUCGAAAAAGUGUAUACAAAUAAUUUUAACAAUAAACGUGUAAUAUUAAACAACGAUUGGUUUUGUUU